GCACCAUAGGGCGCCUUCAAGCACCCCUCAUUGUCCGAAAGACUUCUUGGGCCGUUCACUAUCGGUGAGAUCUGCGUAUACAUAUACAAUGUUGUGCGUCUAUAAAACUCGGUGCCUGUGCAGCUAUUAAAGUGACAGCAGUGAAAACAUGCGGCGGAAUCUGGUGCUCUUGGCCCAGGUGGCCUUUAUGGCAGCCUUCGUGGAAGCCCAACGACGACUUGUCAAAGAGACGCUACCGUUAGGGGAACGGGUUCAGCAGCUGACGGGUAUGAGUGCAAAGCGGGCUGUAAUCCGACUGAACGCCGAACGGUUCAGGACACUGGUAAAGGCUGCUCCGAGAAAUUAUUCUAUAAUAGUUCAGUUCACAGCACUUUCUCCUAUGCGAAGUUGUUCAAUUUGUCGUCAGGCAAAUGAAGAAUUCACCAUCGUUGCAAACUCGUGGAAAUACUCGGGCUCAUUCACCAACAAACUUUUCUUUGCCAUGGUUGACUUCGAUGAGGGCCAAGAGGUGUUCCAGCAAAUGGGAUUCAACUCUGCACCUAUUUUUGUGCAUUUCCCGGAAAAAGGUAAACCGAAAAAAGGAGAUAAUAUGGACAUUCAGCGAGUCGGAUUUCAAGCAGAGGUUUUUGCUAAGUGGAUCCAGGAGAGAACUGAUAUCAAUAUUCGAGUAUUCCGACCGCCGAACUAUUCAGGAAUCAUCGCUCUCUUAAUUCUCAUCUUUCUUGUAGGAGCGCUGCUCUACAUGCAUCGAAAUAAUCUUGAGUUUCUUUACAAUCGUACAUCCUGGGGCCUAUUUGCGUUGUGCAUUGUCUUCGCCAUGAUCUCUGGUCAGAUGUGGAACCACAUUCGGGGCCCACCACUUAUGCAGCGUACCCAGACUGGGAUUAAUUACAUCCAUGGCUCGAGUUCUGGACAAUUUGUGAUGGAAUCGUAUAUUAUUAUGGGUCUGUACGCAUCGGUCGUACUUGGCAUGAUCCUUAUGAACGAGGCUCCGCUUGUACCUGGCGGCGAGUCGAAGAAGAAAACAGCACUCGCCGUGGGCGGUCUCGGCCUAUUUGUGUUCUUCUUUAGUUCGCUAUUGUCAGCCUUCCGUUCGAAGGCUCAUGGCUAUCCGUACAGCUUCCUGUUCAGCUAAGGCAGCCCCAGUGAUCCAUCCGCAUGCCGCGCCCUUGCAUGGCCCACUCGCGCUAAAAAGCCUCUUCCUUCGAUGUGAUGCACAUGAUGAAAGUAACAUGAAUCAACGCACUACUAAUACACACAAAUAAACAAUACAUUCAUAUAUGCAUGUGCUGUUUGUAUGUAUUUUAAAUAAGCCCACUUCAUGAAGCAUACUUCUGUGACGAGAAAACUCUAGAAUGGAAAUGAGAUAAAAAGAAAAAUACGAUAUGCGAUUAGCAUGACAAUUGUAUGACAAUAAUUAAAGUGUCAUAGUUCCCUGCUCUAAAAGAAAAUGUGUAAGAAGGUCGUAUUGAGUAAGGGCUAGGUGUUAUGUACUACUGUUCUUUGAAAAGAAAAUAUCAUUCAUUAUAAAAAGUAUUAAAUAUUUUUAAAAACAUUAUCAAGAAAAGUUUGCCAUAUCCGGCGUAUAACAUGUUGCAAGCAAAAUCAAGACAAAAAAGAGAAAGUUGAAUAGGCGCAGUUAAUAAAAAGUGGUGAGCUGCUUUGCUUUGCAUUAAGGAAUAAACUUCUGUCUACUCCCCUGUCGUCCGUCGUAAUACUGGUGGUGGUCGUAAUACUGGUACGUAAUACACUAUUAUUGCGAGUUAUGACAUGACACAUUGCGAGAUUCGGGGUUUCUCCAGUCGAGCCUAGGCAAAUGCUUGUAAUGACAUCUAAACGGCAGCGAUAAGUGCAGUGAUGGAGUCUAUGCUAUGCUAGGGGGUGCUAUGCGGAUAUCAAAAAAAGAAUUGACUCCUUAACGAUACCUACAAUGCCGAAGUAAUCACUUGUUUCACUUACCGGUUCGAGCACUAUCUCAUUUCAACAAUCAUUUCCUACUAUCGAAACUUGGAGAAAAAUGUGUUUUCCCUAACUAAAAGAAGUGAAAAAUUACCGGGAAUAGUUGUGGGCAGAGAAAUGAUACUUCUGCAAGAAUGGUUGUACAGAAUGAAUAGAAGAAUGUCUGCUAGUUAUGUAACCAGGCGUUAAUAUGCUUAGAAAAUAUAAAAAUGUAUUAAAUUUGUAGAGUUAUUUAUUUUGAAUAAAGAUUGCCGUAGCGCAAAGUCGGAAGAGUGGAAAACAAACAUUUCUCAAUUUUUUCAUGUAACAUUAAUUUCUUUGGCAUAAAUAAUGCAUGUUUUAUUAUGAUGCUUUACAUUUUUCUAAUAUUCGCUUACGUUCAAGAAGCAUGAAGUAUCAAAUUUGUUUAAGUAAAACGCACUCUUUGGGCCUAAGUGUAUUUGCGCAAUUCGCAGUAUUCAUU